CCCCCUUCUUUACCGCCCACUUUGGUUGAAGCCAAAACAGAACAUCAUGGCGAUUGAUGGUGGCGAGCGUAACUGUGGAGUACAUGAGCUGAUCUGCGUCAGAAAAGUCUCUCCAGAGGUGCUGGGGUUUCUGACAGCCAUCGGACUCUUCAUCAUCCUCAUGACUUUCCUCUUUUGGUACCUCAACAAUAAGUUGGCACUAGAGAACCCAGGGAGCCUUCAGUGCCUUGAUGAAUUCAGGAAAACCACUGAGCUGCAAGAUAAGGUCUACUCCGACGCUGACUUGCAGGCUUCAUCGUCGGACAGCGAGGAUGAACUGAUGGGUCAGUAUCAGGAAGCGGUCAGCCGCUCCCAGGGCCUCAGAGGAGGAGCCAAGGUGUCCUCUAAUGCCAAGCACACUGGAGGUUUCAGCUGGGAGAGCCGGCAGAAGUACAGCCCGCUUACUGCUGAUUAUGAUGGCUACAGCAGUGAAGCCUCAGCUGAUGAUGUCAACUGCAUCCAGAGGAUGAGACGGACGCCGCCACUGGAUGAGCUUCAGCCACCGCCCUAUCAGGAUGAGAAUGGCUCUCCGAGGAUGUCCUGCACCCUGUCAGAUCUGGGUGAUGCCAAGUGUGAUCUGUCCCACACCAGCGGUAGCCCCCACCUCUCUUUUGGCAAGUGUCCCAGUGAGGGCAGCGACGGCCCUGAGACUGAGAGUUACCUCAACAAGGGCUAUGAGGAGGACGUGCCCAGUGACAGUACAGCUGUCCUCAGCCCGGAGGAUAUGUCAGCCCGUGGAUCAGCAGCCCAGCUACCGAAAGGUUAUGAACCAGAUCCUGUUGCAAAAUACGGGACCCUCGACAUCGUGUUUGACUACGACUCAGAGGAGCAGCAGCUGUCUGUGACCAUCAUGGCAGUAACUGACCUUCCAAGCUACAAGCGCACCGGUAACAUCUCCUGGCAGGUUCAUCUGGUGCUUCUGCCCACCAAGAAACAGAGGGCGAAGACGGGGAUCCAGAGAGGCCCGUGCCCCAUCUUCACGGAGACCUUCCGCUUCAGCCAUGUGGAGUCAGAGAUGAUCAGCAAUUAUGCUAUCAGAUUUCGCCUUUACAGCAUGCGACGAAUGAAGAAGGAGAAGGUGCUCGGGGAAAAGGUGUUCUACCUCACCAAGCUCAACCUUCAGGGAAAAAUGUCGGUGCCGGUCACAUUAGACCCAUGCUGUGCACUCCCGGGUGGCGAAUCCCAGGUCAGCCUCUCAGAUAUGACAUGCAGUGAAAGCGCCUCGUCAUUCCAGUCAGCCAGUCAGGCUUCCACACCGGAGAUCCUCGUGGGCCUGGUUUACAACGCCACAACAGGACGUCUCUCUGUGGAAGUCAUCAAAGGCAUCCACUUCAAAAACCUGGCUGCUAACAAACCACCCAAUGGACUGUUCUGUUGUCUAAAACACUUGAUAGGUGGACAGGUUUAUAUUAUCAGAGAUACAUAUGUUAAGCUGACCUUACUUAACUCCAUGGGCCAUGAGAUGUCCAAGUGUAAGACCUCCAUCUGUCGAGGUCAGCCCAACCCAACCUACAAAGAGACGUUUGUCUUCCAGGUAGCUCUUUUCCAGCUAUCGGACGUCACGCUCAUCCUAUCCGUCUACAACAAGCGCAGCAUGAAGCGCAAGGAGAUGAUUGGUUGGAUUUCGCUGGGCCUCAACAGCUCUGGAGAGGAGGAGCUCACCCACUGGACUCAGAUGAAAGAGUCUAAAGGACAGCAGGUUUGCCGCUGGCACAGCUUGCUGGAGUCUUAAUGGCACAGCAAGAUAGCGUGCGGGCAUAGCUACACGGCGCCGCCGUCGUCGUUGUCCCAGAUGGGCAGGAAAUGGAAAUGUUCAACUGGGAAGCGGGAGUGCGAUGCCGUCCAAUGAACCAGCGUCAGUGGUGAUGAAGAGACGGGAACACAACCACAUGCAUCUGCACUCAGUUUCUCAGCUCGGCAUGGCAUAAGCGAUUUCAUGGCUCUGUUUGACUAAACAGUCACUGCCAUGAAUUAGUUUUAUGAUGAGACAUGCUAUUUUCCAUAUACUGCCGUGUAAUGACCUUUAAGUUUUUGUAGAUGGCAUCUUUUUGUCUGCUGAGCCGGUUUAGCUGGGGCCUGCUCCAAGAGGAAAGUUUUAGACAAGAUCAUUGAGCAAAUUACACCUGGUAGCCAUGUGUACCCACACCUCCAGCCGCAUAAAUAGAAGUAGGAGUUUCUAAAGAAGGUUUUAAUUUUUGUAAAUAUUUUUUUAACAAAUAUUUUCCAGACCACCUCCUAGCAGAUCCUUACCUCAAAAUUUAGCUAGAGAUAACUUCUUACCUGGAAAUGUCAAACGAGGCUGGACAUUACCCUUGUGUCAUCCCCAUCGACUUCAAAAGCACAAGAAGUUUGGCAGUUUUUAAAAUGGCAGUUCUACAAUGGUGUAAAAUAGGGACUGUAAAAGAAUUAAAAAGGAAAAAAGCUUCUGAACUGCAAGACCCACCUGAAAGUUCCUGUACUUCUUUAAAAUACUACAAGCAAUCUGAAGUGCUUCAGUCAAAGGCAGCUGGACUCCUUUUAGGUUUUUGAAGACAUCGUCACCUCUCACCUGAAAGGGUUAUUUGCACCUAAAGAAGAAGAGACACUGUAAAAUACAAAUGUUCAGAUUUUGGAUUGACACCUCUACUCACGUAAGCGUAACUCAUGAUCUUAGGUGGCACACUAGACAGGACUCCGAAUCAGUCUUUAGAACUGAAAAAAAUCUUCUGAAUGAAAAGUAAAACCUCUUCAGGAACCUAAAGCAAGUGCAGCUGCCUUCAGUUCAAGCACUUUAGAUUACCAUAACUUAGACGACUGAGAACCCAUUCAGUCAUAAAUAGUAAAAAGGGACUUAUGGGGGAGGUAAAACUAGUCACCAUGGAAUUUCCAUAAAAUCCUAGUUCUUACACUGGGAAUGAGGUUCAUGUACCUCAAGGUGCAAGCCUUAGCUUGUUUAGUAUAUUACAAAGAGUGACAAUCCAAACAGCAACAGCAAAACAUUUAACUCAGUCAGAAUGCAUUAAUGGUAAAUCAAAAAAGAUAAAGCAAUUAGAAGAGAUAAGAGCCAUGGAUAAGGACCUGUAAACAAAGAAGCAAAAGGCCGGUCUAACAGCAAACAGGAACUUCCAAAGCUAAAAGAAGAAAAGAGACACCAGUGUGUAAGCGCAAAAACCAUUUGAGGUUGGUUCCAAACGUGAGUCAGUCCCCAUAGACUCCCACUUUAAAAUGCCCAAUGUAAAGCAUUAAAAUCAUUAAAAUGUUUAUAGUCUGUUUAUGGUCCAUCAGCUAAGCCCAUUCUCUACUAAUUGGAGUCACUGAACUGGAUCUCUCCACUGUGUUUAUGCUGUUUGGAGCACCUUUAAUAGAAUUGUCUAACACAUAAAAUAGCUUGCUGUGUGGUACAAACCAUCCAAGAAAUCUCUCACCCCACCCUUUUGUCUACAUAUCAUUAAUUCUGGGUCCAAAAACCUAGUAUAGCAAAAAUACUGAGUCCAAACCAAUGAACGCCUUUAUGGUGUCCAUCUUUUACAUAGUCCAUAGUACUGACAUAAAGCUAUGGACCUUUUCAGGAUUUAGGGUGGCAUGACUGUAAGCAUUAGUUAAAAGAACUGCUAAAAGGAUCUGAGCAGAAUUUACUCAGCUGGUUAGUUGAAUUUCUUCAGAUGUCUGAUGUGUGAGUCGGAGGUGUGGAUACACAAAUCUACCAUUACUGGUCAUGCUAACUGCACUGACUCUCUUUCUCUUUGGACCAAAAAAAAUCCUAAUGGCAUUUCAACUCCUACAGUUCACCUUCCCUCUGUCUUCAGGCUUUAGAAGAUCUGGACUGUGACUGGAGACUUUGCACUGGCAGGUCUUUUUAUCAGAUGUGACCAGCUGAUUAGUAAUGAUCAUGUCUUAAAUCAGAAAUGAUAUUUUAGUGGAUGUUUAGAACAGAGAAGGGAGCACUAGAGGAAGAGGACUUUUCAUUUUCUUAUUUUGUUUGUUCACCUUUUUUCUGACUGCAGCUUUAAUCACUAUCACAUCAUUUUAGAAACAUGCAUGCCACAUGCUCCGUCCAUAAAUGGGAAAAUUAUAAAGUGAAUAUAGGGACUUUUUAAAUUUUAAAUGUCCUUUACCAAAGUUUAUUUCAUCACGCUGCAUUGUAACCAGUGUAGUUUCAUUCAGGGUGGUGGGAGGUUAUAAGGCAGUCAUAAGAAAAAGAAAGUCAAUUCUAAGGUUUUUUUAUGUAUCAGGAAAAAAUGUUAAAAAUAAUCUAGGACUUAGCUGGUUUUAAAAUUGCUCAAGUGCAUCGUCAGAUGAACAGUUUUUAGUACGCCCCUCUGUUAAGGACCACAUUUAUUUUGUCCUGAUAAGUAAAACCCUAGAAUUGAUACUUUCUUUUUCAUGGCUGUAGAUUGAGUGAGAAUUAUUACACUUUAAUGAAUUCCUCUCUGCUGACACUACUGAGUUACAAGCAUAGUUUUUUUUUAACUCAAGUUUAAGUAGAAUAAAUAAAUGUGAAGAAUAAUAGAAGAUGUCAGACACGCCCUGACAUCACUGACAGCCGAAGUGCCAGGGUUUGUGUCGAGAUGACAUUCAAUAGUGAUCGUGGAGAAGAAAUGAGUGUUUCAGAUUGUCGAAUAUUUAUAGAAAACACCAGUUGGAGGACACGUUGACUGACUGGGAUAUGCUAUAUGUAGGUUAGUUAGAUGGUUUUGUGAACAUGACUUUUCAUUCGAAGGUUACACGCAGUGUCACGAUUCUUUAAAGAAAUUUCCGACACCUUUUUGAAUAUAAACGGCUCAUUAAAUCACAGCUAACAGGUGAGACUAAAACCUACUUGUUACCUUUUUCUAACCUGCUCUGGUGCUAUAAGAGACCUGUGGGUGUCCACACAGAAGCCCUUGCCUUAUGGUUUUUAGUCAGUUCAUCAACUUCUUAAAGAGUUCAAAACACAGACACACCCUGAGAGCACACAGACCUGCAUCCACACUUACAGAAAGCACACACAGUGCAGCAGCACUCAGCCUCGCUGGAGGGAAUUCAAACUUUUGAGGCGAUUUCAUUACAGCAGCGAGCACCGACAACCCUGCAGACUGUCUACGGGCUUUUUAGCUGCAGCCGCUUUAUCUCUGCGUUUCAUAUACAGAUAAAAAAAUAUAUAUAUACUCUUUACUGUGCCUGUGGUUGUGGUGAAAGGUAGCUUUGUGCAGUGUUUACCAAGUGUGUGUGUGUGUGUGUGUGUGUGUGUUGACUGGAGAAGGUACAGUAAAGGGGUCGUGGGGGGGCUGUGAUAUAGGUAGAGUUGUUGCAUUUUGUUGUUGGGUGUAACCGUUUCUGAUUUUAAUUACUGGUUAUUAGAAGAAAACAAGCCAAGUCCUGAUUGUCUGACAUAUGCUUUAUAUUAGUAACUGUUUUAUCUAUUUUUGUAUCAGCAGCCGGGAGAAGAAAAUGUGUCAAGCCAGUUAUUAGUGAAUCAAAUAUUAACCGACUCCGUGAGCAAUACUGUUCUGGAUUGCUACUCUUUAUGAUUCAGUUUGUUUACGGGGGGGAAAGCAACACACGUCUUAUAGCUCAGGUCUUAUUUACGUUCCCUUUUCUAAAACCAGAGAGGGGUGUGAUGGAGACCGGCUGAGUUCAUCUCAAAGCAAUCUGUCAAGACUUCUCAGCUUUGAUGCUUUCUAACAGCUUGAAACAGAAGCACAGCCUUUACAGCACAACAGUCAAACACACAAUGUGAAAGACCAAAGCUCAUUUGGAAGUGUAGAGAUGCACCUGUAAUCUGAAUCCAAAAGGUUUUUAUUUUAUGGGAUCAGCCUGGAGCCUUUGAGUGAAUUUGUAUAGUGUGAUAUUUGAUUACCUGUGGGGGGGAGAAAAAGGGGGUGUGUGGAAUUCAGCAGAAGACGUGCAGGGAUAUAUUAAAGUGGGAUCACAGGCCCCAUAGUUAAUAAUAUUACAAUAUUAUUAUCAGUAAAGUAACAGAUGAAAAAUAUUAACACUGCUGGGAAAAAAAAAUCCUCUUCUCUGAAAAUAUAAUUAUGCUGGAGAGAACUAGUACCUGAAAACCAGCUGGAAAUGUUAUCCGUAACACUUGAUCCAUGAUUCAUGUUCCCUCCAAAUACGGAAGCAAAAGAAGGCCAAAACAUUUAACUUAUAGAUACUGUUACGUUUAUAGAUUUGAAAAAAUGAAAAUGCUUUCACGUUGUAAUACUUCAGAAAUGUUGUUAAAGUGUUUUUAGAGUUUGCAAAAACCAGAAAGCAAUACUAUGACAAAAGGAAAAAAAUCAUACAAUCUGGACUGCCUUUAGCUCUGAUGACAGCAUUCAACGUGGGAUCAUUUUGAUAAAUUUAUCCAGCAUUUUUUUUCCAUCUAGCACUGAAUUAAUUUCUCACUAUUAUCUUGUUUGACGAUGGGAGAGGCAGAAAUCCCAAAUAUUCUCAGUGGCCUUAAGAUCUGGACUCUGUUGUGGUCGAUAUGUAUGUGAAAACCAAGUCACAAGUUUUCUCCCUGAGCCCCUCUUUCACAAUCUGAGCCCAAUGAUGCCUGCCAUGGUCAUCUUUGAAUAUGCCCGUGACAUCAGGGGAGAAAAACAUCCAUUGAUGGAAAAACCUGGUCAUUCACUAUGUUAAAGCUGUCAGUAUAUCAGCAUAUAUAUGUAUCAGUAUAUUCAGGAAGUCAGCUAACCUCAUUUUUUUUAAAUGUACAAUUCGCUGAACCUAAACCUGACCAACUGAGGCAAACCCAGUCACAGCACUGCCCACACAGGCUUGCCCAGCAGGUACGAGGCAUGAUGGGCGCAUGACUUCAUCCACCCCUCGUUAGUUAGCCAUAACUCUGGAGCAAGGUAAAUCUGGACUUGACCACAUGACCUUUUACCAUUGCCCCAGAGUCCAGUCCUUAUGAUCCCAGCAACGUACAGCCGAUUUUUCUGAUUAGCCACACAGAUAAGUGGUUUUCUUAAGACUACACAGCUGUGUAGUUCUCUUAAUUUCAUAUCUAUGAUGACUGUGGUUGAUUCUGAUUUCACCAAGUUUUUAAGUGAUUGUGAUCACGAUCAGUCAAGUUUUUUUUUCUGACCACUAUCUUUCCAGAUUUCAAUAAUGUGUUGUACAUUUCUUAACCCGGCUUUAGUACUUUCAGCUUCUCCAAAGUUGUUUUCCUUGCUUGAUGGAGGCCAAUAAUUUGACCCCUCUGCAAUAGAGCAGUGCAUUUUUUGGGGGGGGGGGGCUGGGGGGGGUUUAGGAAAGAGAAACUACUAAUUUCAUCAACUGAAACAAACACUUUUGUCCUCAAGCAGCUGCUCGAGGACCCGAGGGCCAACUGGUUCAUCUGCUGCCAGCAUGUGAGACCAUGAAGUGCUUUAGAAACAAGUGAAAAUACUUGAAAGUCAAUUUAAAAUGCAGAAUUUAAAGUUUUAGGUUAGUUCAGGGUCGUUUGAAGAAGUUUAGAUGUACAACAGCAAACUUUUGACACAUGAAUUUUCUGUUUAAUGUAGUCUGUUUACAAAAGCAGAAGUAAAAUUUCCAAUCAGGGAAUUAAAAACAGAUCUCUGUACGUUUAAAUUCAGUGCAGUGUACAUAUUUAAACUCUGCUGGUCUUCUUUUGCUUCCGUACCAAACGACAGAAACCUGUUUAACAUCCCUUUGACGAGCUCUGAAUGUGUUAAUCUUUCACAGGCUGUGUUCCACUAAUUACGUGGUCGGACUUGUACGUUUACGCUUUGCUGCAUCGUUUCUUACGCUUUCAUUUAAUUUACAAGUUUUUAAGAAUUUUCUGGUUUUUAAGGCUGGCUUUAAUUUGUGAUUUUUUUUUUUUUUUUUUUUAGAAACUACCUAUGCCACAGAUGGCAUCGGUGCCUUACUGUUUUUCACUCAGCAACCUUGUGUCACAGUGUCUUAACGUACCUGUAAAUGUAUUUUUCUCCUGUACUUUGGACUGACUUUGAUUUGUAAACUGUCUUAUUAAUUGACUUCUGAUAGAGAAUUUCUAUGUGAUGAUAUUGUUUAAAAAAGAAAAAAAAAAACAAAGAAACAUCAUCAUGUAAGAGUUUUUUUUUUUAUUGAAUUGUGUGUUGCAUUUGAAUCAAUGUCCUAAAAUUUGCCUUAAAUUGCAUUUCCACAAAAUAA